GUGUUAUCAAUAAGAAAUUCAGCAAACUACCUCCGAGCCAUUGCUCAUCAUUAGCGCGGAUUGCUUCGACUAACCCGGUUUAAUUGAAAACUGCAAGAAGAAGGAACAGUUCGUUACGUCUAAAAUUUAUAUACGAUAGAAAAAUGGUAUACACCAACAUUAGCGGUACCACGAUUAAAGGACCUUAUCAAGAAAUUAAGAAAGACAAGGAAAAACACGUGUCGCCAAGACAACAGCAGCAGCAGCAGCAGCAGCAGCAAUACCGCCAGCAACAAUCAUCAAGAAAGGAUGACAAGUACGGCUCUUGGGGACCGAUUUUUAAAAAUAAGGAAAACUUUGUCGACAUGCAUACAUGUUAAGAUUCGUUUUUCACCAGGACAUAUUCACACGUGUGCUAUUAUGGCCUUUGAAAUGUGGUGCUUCUCGCGCGGAAGUGGUUUAGGAUUAAAAUGAUUUCUCGCGCGAAUUAUGGCUCUUAUUUGUGGUAUCGCGAUCGAUUGAAUCUAGUAUUAAUCCCACGUGCUCAAUCAGUGGCAUAACUUGAAGCUUGCGGGUCUCUCUCUCUCUCUCUCUCUCUCUCUCUCGCACAAAACAAUCUAAUCUGAAUUUAUAUCUUAAGUAUGUACAAUCGCGAUAAAGAAUAGACAAAAGAAUCUACAAAUCGUGACGCACGUGAAAGCUCUGUAAUAAAAGGUACUGCAUAAACCAUUUAAUGAUUUGUAAUGUUCGAAUGUAAGCUUUAAAUGUCAAAAACUGUGUUGAAAUCCUAUCGACUUGCAUUAUAUGUGCGUUGAAAAGUAUAUGAGUAAUUUACAAAAGUGAAAGUGAAAGAACUUUCCGACUUUAUUAUCAUUAUUUGAUAACUGAGUGUCAUUAGUAACAUAAGUUAUGCCACUGUAGUGAGCUAUCCUCUCGGUAGCACGAGCAACACAAAUACGUGACAUUGAUUGAUGCAAAUAGCCGAAAUGCAAAUUGUAGUUCUUUUUUAGUGCUUUGACACGUGUAUCGCUUUGUUUUCUCUGCGACAACAAUGUCACGAAGACGCGAUUAGAAUGAAAAUAUUAAAUCUGCAAUAACGACGACAAUGGUUCGGAGAAAUUUUGAUACGCUUCUCAAGAUGUUUUACUUUCUCAAUUCUGUUUUUUUACUUUGCUUUUGAAUUCUAUGGUCGCACGCUGUACUGGAUAUAUAUGUAUAUGCAGGGGGCUUACACAUUAUAUGAUGAAUUUUAAGCGCUUAAAGUUAUGAAAUAAAGGUGCAUUGAAACAAUCAAACAUGUAAAACAUGAACUACGUCGCCAAAAUGGAAUACUUGAUUAAUUUCUUUCGUAUGUGAGUGAGAGAGAUUGUCCUUGGUUCAUGAUUAGUUGGCAAAUAUCGCAUGACGUCGUGGGGCGUUACAAACCUAACAAUAUCUGUCGAAAUCGAUUUACAAGAGAUAAAAUCGAAAUAACAAAAUGACUUUUGUGGAAUAACCAUAUUCUAACCAUCUAACGAGAUAUUAUAUAUUUCUUUUUGGCUUAAAACAAUAAAACAAUAAAAAAUCCUA